UCGAGCACGCUUUAACUGUCGUGUUUUGAUGACGCCAUCACUGGGACUUUCCGGAUACGUCACUCGGGGCUUCCGAGUUCCUAAGCUAGCUGUGUGUUCCCUCUCUGUGCGUCCAUGUCGUUAUAGACUGUUAAAGACGCCUCGUUGCUCUGGAGUACACACACCACAACACAGCAUGGAGACGCUCAAAGGCUCAAACAGCAGCGAGAGGUUUGAAUAUUGAGUCGUGGUUGUCAGGAGCGACGGUCAGACCGAGAGGCGGAAUGUCAACAACGCGGCCCCUCCUCGGUAUGAGACGAGUCACCGAGCUACCGUGUCCGGAGCAGCCGACCAGCAGGCUCCCUGCGGCGGCCGGGAGGCAGCAGCAGCAGCCAGAGGGCCCCACCACCAACACCACCACCGUGGACGAGUUCACGGUGCUGGAGGAGAAACAAGACGAGCUGAAGUGCGCCAAGCCUCGAGUGGAGCAGGUUUUCAAAGUGACGUUCACCAUCAUCGGUCUGUUGGACCACACGGGACAGCCGCACGGCAGCAACACAUCACGGCAGAUCUGGCUGCAGCUCAUAGGGAACAGAGACGACGUGUCCAAGGCAAAGGAAUACGUUCGAGGACUCUGCGACCCGGAACUACAGAAAGAAGAGUGGUACCCAGUGGACAUGCACUGUAUUUUUGCCGGUGCCCGCGGCCUCUUCCUGGACAGGCUCAUACGGGACACAAGUGCUGAAGUUGUGGUGCCUGAGCCAGGCCGCCUGCGGUUAUUGGGCCGGGCUGAACCCGUAGUGAUGGCCCAGAGCAGAGUUCAGCAAUUUGUAGCACUAUUCCAGGAAAAGCGAAGUCUACCGAGCGACAGAGAGCCCGCAGUGAAACGAGCGUUCAAGUCCUUUGUGGAGGAAAGGGAUGAUAAGUACACUAUGGAGCUUCUUCUGCUGCCCAGUGCCCUGAAGGAAGAGCUACUGGGACUGGCCCACAGCCCCACUACCACAAAUACAUCCUCUCUGCUUCAGCUCAACCAGACGCUGCAUUCCAGCAUGGCGGAGGUGGACCAGGACCGCUCGCAGAGCAGCACCCCUGUGACGGAACUCUCCAACCGCAUCCUGGGCACCAGCUUCGAGGAGAAAGGGAGCGGAGCAGCAUCCGUCGGCGGAGGCGGCAAAGCAGGAGGAGCGACGGGCUUGGGUACCGAGGCCGUCCUGCUCAACGGCACUCGGCCAUCGCACAAGCGGCGCUCAUCUGAGAGCGAGACUCGCGACACAAAGAGACAGUACUCUCUGGAGCGGAGGGACGAGUCGCCAGAGAGAGCGAGAGAGAGGGAGCGACAGAGGGACAGAGAAGGCCGGGGGGGCAGUAGCAGCUGUAGAUCCAAAACCCCCUCGGCUUCAUCGUCCCUCUCCUGCUCCUCCUCCUCAGGAAAAGCAAACACAGUAGUCGGUGCCAUCAUGUUGGACUCCAGUGAAGGAGUCUCAGAUGACGGGGAGGCAGUAAGCCCGGAAACCAACCUCCGCUGCUUGGUCAAUUUCUUCAGAACCAUGGGUUACCAGCAGGAAGUGGUGGAGCGCGUCGUUAAGGAGACGGGACAGACAGAAGAUACCUUCCUCGUUCUGGAGAAAAUCGUUGAGGAAACAAAACGUUGUGAAGAAGGAGGGGAAAAAGAAAGACGAUUGAACUCUGUGCGCUCCACAGACAUUCCCUCCUCCUCCUCAUCGUCGUCGUCCUCCUCUGCGGUCUAUCGAUCCAGAGAGAAGGAGCGCGAGCUGAGCAGAGCGUUGGUAGACCCAGGCCGGUCUAAAGAGAACAUUAAGCCCAAUCAGCACGGAGGCAGCAGCAACGGUCUGGGGCACCGGAGACAGUGCAGCGGCAGCGAGACCAGCACUCAGCAGGCCAUCACUAUCAAGAGGAGCUCUAGUGCUCAAGGAGGAGCAGGAAACUACGAGAUCAUUACCAUCGACGAUGACGACGAUGUCAUCCCCACCAAUAGCAAAACAGCUGAUAGUAGGACGUCCCGGAUGAUGACAGUGCCACACCUGGACACCCAGUCAGGAUCCAGAACAGACUACUUGGCGCGGGGAGGGGGCGGCGUCUCGCAGAGGGACUACCUGUCGAGGGGCGGGACUCAGACUUUGGGAGGAGUCGUGAAAGUUGAGACUGUGACGGCGCUGCGCAGCACGCCUCAGUGGCUGGCCGCCACCAUCACGUCAUUAGCUUCGACCCCCAGUUCAGCUCAGCCCAUCAUCCGGCCCUCAGCCUCUCCCUAUCAGACCAUCGGCCACAUGGGGUUUCACGGCGUCGGAGCCAGGACUCCUCCUGCAAACGACCCGCCGGCGCCCCCGGUGACGGGUUUCGCUCGUUUCCAUCAGUCGCUGAGGACUCCCUACACUCUGAAGCUGCCAAAUGAGCCAGGACGUCAGGAGCUCAGACACAUCAUCAUAGACGGCAGCAACGUGGCUAUGGCUCACGGCCUUCACCGGUUCUUCUCCUGUCGAGGAAUAGCGCUGGCUGUUGAGACCUUUUGGAGGCGGGGCCACAGGGAGAUCACAGUAUUUGUCCCCCAGUGGCGUCAGAAGAGAGACCGACUCACAACAGAGCAACAUUUUCUAAACCAGCUAGAAGACCUGAGACUGCUCUCCUUCACUCCCUCCAGAGAGGUGUGUGGCCAGAGAAUAUCCUCACAUGACGACAGGUUCCUGCUCCACCUAGCAGAAAAAACAGACGGUAUUAUCGUAACCAAUGACAACCUGAGGGACUUUGUUGACACCUCGGACACCUGGCGCAAGAUCAUUCAAGAGAGGUUGCUUCAGUUUACUUUUGUGGAGGACCACUUCAUGAUCCCUGAUGACCCUCUGGGGAAAAACGGACCUCAUCUCGACAUCUUCCUGCGUAAAGACAACAGGAGGGCUCCAGUCACUCCUCCCCCGAUGAGACCCCCAGACUUCCGGCCGUCCUCCCAGCAGCAGCAGCCGGUUUACGUCCAGGCCCUCCACUCCGCUCCUCGGACCGCCGCCUCCACGCCCCGGCCCCCUCCCUCCCUGACUCCCCACCCCACCACGCACUGGCCCCACUCCGGCCCCCCCGAAUGGCACCCACCCCGCCGUUCCCCGUCCCCCUCGCCCUCCCCUCCUCCCCAGCGGUCGCCGGGGGAGACGUCAGAGCUGAAGAGGAAGCUGUACGACAUCUUCCCCGACCAGAAGCAGCGGAUCGACCGCAUCCUCAGCGACAACCCGUACAUGAGAGACCUGAACGCCCUGUCUGGGCUGCUGCUGGGAUAAACAACUGGCUCACACACACAGUACAUAAUGCACACAUAUGCAAGAAUAUACAGCAUAAAAAAUAAUUUAUUUUCUUCUCGUUCUUUUAUUUUACCAGCCUGGAGGGCAUGGAAAGUUAGAUUUAAUAUUAUUUUAGACUGAUCUUCAAACUAGCUGCUAUUGGCAAAAAAAAAAGUAUUUUUUUUAAAGAUAUUUUUCUCUCCCUCCUCUUGCUCUUAAAUUGAUUAAGGUGAUCAACACUGGCGUCUACAGAACCAAAAUGUUGCCAUAUUUGUCAAGCAGCAAAGUGUUUAUUGUUCAGAAGGUCAUAAAUCAUUGCAGGUCCUUGAAAAACAGUCCAGAGGUUCCUUGAAUGUGGGACCAGCACUGGGAGAAGAUGUUCUGGACCAACAACAGCGAACUUGAUCACAUUGGUGACACUGAACUCAGCACAUGAUGGGUUUCCUCUUCAAAACCUUGUUUACCAUCAGACUCUCACACCUCUCUGAAUAUUCAAUUUUUUUAUGGAUAAAAUCUGGGACAUAGACAGGUUUUGCAUGUUUAUGUUUUCAACAUAUUAGUUAUACACUUGUUAUGUUCUGUCGACAGUAUCAGGUUAUUUAAACUCAAUGUCAGUGAGCAGUUUCAGCAGCUUGGAGUUAUCAACAGAACCACCGAUUGAUUUUUAUUUAUUUUUUCUCCCCUAUUUUCUUGGCGGUGUACUUUCAGGAAGCAUGAUGACAUCACUAGCUUUAACAUCAUAACAUCAGUAUUAGUGACAGUUUAAUGUUGGACAGAAAUCCCCAAAUGCCAUAUUUGGAUUAGACACAACUUACAUUUUUGCAGCUAACCACAUUUAAGAAAUACCUUUAGGCGUAUGUAACGCCGACAUUUUGAGGCUAUAUAGAUGGGCAGUGUUACAAUGUGUAGUUUUAUCAUUAUCAUUUCAGAUUUAGUUCACUAUAUGUAUGACACGUAAUGUGUGUAUAUGCACAGGCUGAAUUAUUCGCACUUAGCAAUCCAUUUCUCUAAUUAAUGCAGCACGGCCCAUCUCUAUAUCUUUAAAAUGUUACCUGUAUAUUCUGGCCUUCACUUGUUUAUAUAUAUAUUUACUGUAUAUAAACACAAGAUUUCUGACUGAAAAAUUACUGAAAAAAAAAAAUAUCUAUAUAGAUAGAUAUUUUUUUUUCAUCAGUACUUUUUCAGUACAAGUUAUAUAAAUACAGUAUAUACUGUAUAUAUAGUAUAGUCAGAAAUCUUGUGUUUUAGAUUGAUCACACAUACUUGGCUGAAAUUGGCUCAAUAAUCAGAAGGAAAUGAUAGUGUAUUUGAGUACCACCACUAUGACAAUAACCCCCACCCCCAUGUCCUCUGUCAUUGGAGGAGACAUGUCCUCUGGUAGCCCUGCGUUGCUUCUCAAACCUGCUAGUUUAUAAAUGAUCUCUGAUCGGAAGGCGCUGAAACUGAAUUUGCUGCUCUGUUUUUGAAAUUUGGUUGAAUGUGUUCCCAGUUCCAGUUCGAUACACUGUUAAACUGUGUUUUCAGGAGGUCGCAGUCACUAGUUUUACAUUAGCAUUUUGUUCUAAGAUGCUUUACGAGUCAUCUGCCUCGGUCUUCAGGCGAUACGUAUGUCGGUCCACUACACUACAAGAGUUUGGAUUUAUCCUUUUUGUUGAGUUAAACGACCUACUUAAAUCUGAAAUCACACACCAUACGUUUUGCUCACCAGAACAAAAAUCUCGCAAAGACGACAGAUAUACUUGAGUUACUUUUUGUAAUUAGUGUUAAAUAGCUAAAUUGAAUGCACUGAUGGUAAGUAAUGGUGUAUAGUGAGUAAAACAAGGUUUCAUCGAUGAAUCGUCAGAAAGCUUGUCGUGGGUUUUUUUACCCUCCUACACCCGGAGAAUGUCGGCCGCAGCUGCAUCGGAGUUUUGUAAUAUACACACACUUUAUCUCCUUGUAAGAAAAAGAAUUUCUGCACAAAAACUUUACAAGGUGUCAACAAAUAUGUUUUGUUUGUACUCGUUAUGUUGUUGUAAGGAUUACUGAAGGAUUUUUUUGUUGUAUUAUAAUUCUUUUGUGUAUAUCGAUUUCUUUUUUGUAAAUACAAGCAUUUUUUUUGGCUACGGUGCACAUAUGGUUUUAUGUAUGUGAAAAAACAAAAUAAACACGGCAGUCCCAAUGAAA